CGAGGCAUAGCAUUGAGUUGGAUCACGCGCUGUUACCUCCGGCUCCGGCACGACCCCGAGCGCAUACUAGGAAAUGCAAAUAUGUCUGGGUCUGGAAGAUGAGUGCAGAUUUUUGUCAUGCUGUUUUUGCAUGAUACAGAAUGGCUGUCAUGGAAGUAGCCCUAGCAUCACAGAUUUCGACAAGCUUCCGCCUUGCUUAAAAAUCCGCAUGACAAAUCCCUCGCUUUGGUGACAGGAAAUGGACAUCUUCUUUUGCUGCCAUCGACGAGAGAUCGGUCUGUGUUGUGAAAUGCGCAUCACUAUCCAGAGGACCCAGACACAUUUGCAUUUCAUACACACUCGAAGAGGACAAGGUUUGGAAGGCCGAAACUCGAGACGCGUUCCAAAUCCAGUGGGACGCGGACCUACGCCGCGUGCUCGGCAGGCCGGGGCACCCUACGCCCGAUGAGGUUGCGAGGCAAUGGCUGCCGGCGGAGUACAAAUGCCGUGUCGUAUUUGAUUGCGCCACGAAAAAUUGGCUGUCCUUCAAAUGCCGUUUCCGCGAGGAAAACGUCACGACUGCACCGCGGCGGGACAUGCGAAUCUAUUACGACCCUGAAGAGGACGUAGCUCACCCAUGGGUGCUGGAGUUGGGACCCGAGGCGGAGCAGCGUGUGCGCGUGCAGGUGCUGCGCCCUCUGGAGCAGUACGGAUAUGAGAUAUAUGCCGACGGAUACGGAACGGAGAUUGUGGAAGAUUAUGCCCACACAGGCGAGCUUGAGCGCCCGGAAGAACUCGUGGAUGCUGGAAUCCUUUGAGGUCUCGUCGUACUAGGCAACACCAAAAAUUUAAGUACUGUAACAAGUAACACCAAAAAUAAUAGUACGUAGUAGAGUGUCGACGUGUAAGCC